ACAUCAUGUAGUACAUGUACUGGUCAGCAGGUAGCUUAGGUACUGAGACAAGGAGUGCAAUUUUGAUUGAAUGAUGGCUAUUGUUCCCCUGUGCAUGAGCCCCUCCCCUUAAAAUUAUGAUCACGCCGCCCUCUCAUAUCCAUGUAAAAAGGUGUGUCUUAGUUGGUUGGGCGGGCCCUAAAAGGUGUCAAGUCAGCACAGCCUUUGUAAACUUCAUAAAUAAAAUAUAAAUCUUCAUGUAGAUAUAUCUACUGGUUUCACACAUACAGGAUUGAAAUGGUUUGUAAGAAAUGUGAAAGGAAGUUGGGUCGUGUGAUAUGUCCUGACCCCUGGAAGAGUGGUGCAAGAAACACUGUGGAAAGUGGUGGACGUUCUGUAGGAGAAAACAAGGCACUCACUGGAAAGAGAGCUAGAUUCACACCAUACACAACAAAGUUUGAAAAGUGUCGGAUAUGCAAGCAAGUUGUCCACCAAGCUGGGAGCCACUACUGUCAGGGAUGUGCAUACAAGAAGGGUAUUUGUGCCAUGUGCGGAAAAGAAAUAUUGGACACCAAGAACUACAAACAAAGUAGUGUUUAGUUGUUCAUUUCAUUUUAUGUUCUUCUGUUUCCCUUUCUUGAUCUCUUACUUCCAUGCACACUAUCUGUGAGCAGUUGCUUUUAGUUAACCAAUUUCAAUCUAUCGUUACAAUAGACAAUGUUCAUUCAAUC